UCCUAUUGCCUCGAGUUCCUACCCUCAUGAUACUUCAAAUCGGACUCCGACAUAUGAACUCGUGAUACAUGUACUUGCCGCUCGAUCUUUUCCGUGAUUCGUCUUCACUGGACCAAAUUGUCACUUCAUUUCCUGUAUUUUGGUUUUUGGAGUAAUUCUCUCUUGUCCGACAUCAGAGUUUGUGCUAAAUAUGGUGUAGGAAGAAGGAAUUUAUAAUUUUGUGUCUUUUUUGUGUGUGUGUGUGAUUAUUUUUUUUUUAAUUAUCUUUUGUGGAUAAAUUUAUCCUUAAGGAUAUACAAUUACAGUAUAGGAUGGUUAUAGACACUCACAUCAUCUGGAACAGCUCUAGACUUUGAAAGUCGAUGGAACAACAUUGUUCAAAGCGAGGCUCACAGCUGGACAAGUUCUAAGACUAAAAUGGGCUGGAAGUUUAAGCACUCAAGAGAAACAAUCCAGCUCUUAUUUUUAACGUGACGUGAAACUCCAGUUCUAUAUCUCAAGUGUUUCUGCUACAUCUAAACAACGUCAACAGUAGUUUGACAGCAGAGCCACUUUAUAUUGGCUUAAAUCGUCAACGCUACCGAAAUAAAGGAAGACCCAUCAUUAACUAGAGCUAAGAGUUUCAUAGCUGAUGGUGAACUCAAGCAUCAGUUUCAACAUUAACUGUAAUCUUGAGUUGUUGGUGCACUAAUCAAAACACAAAUUCAUACAAAAUUUCAGAGUCGAGUAACAAAGACAGCAAAUUAUACAACUAUAAGAUUUGGAUUUAACUAAUCACGUGAUUAAUUCAAGAGUUUAAUUGUUCUGCAUUUCUACCCCGUUCUAAUCCAAAGGAAAGGAAAACAUUUUUAUUGUAACUUUUUGUUGGUAUAUCUUCAAAUUUAGUUAAUGCACGUUUACAUCUAUUGGAUACUUCGAUAAGACUUGUGUAUAUUUUCCAGACUGUGGAUAUUUUUUAAGGAUAAGUGGAUAGUGUGGAUUCGUUUCUCGGAUCUGAACUACAUCCGGUUUCUAAUGACCUUAGACAAUGCACUUGAUGGUGACGCUGUGCUUGAUGUUGCUGACAACUGACGUCUGCAGCCAAAAAUCAACAAAGGUGAAGGCCCCCAAGGGAACUAAAUGGUGGUCUUUGGCCAAAGCGGGAGAGCCUUCUAAUGAUUUGAGAUCUCCACUGACCAAACACAACAACAAUCCAAGCCUGGAGCCGCUGACCAAGAGACAGCGGAAAUUGGUGACCAAAAAUCCUGGCAGCAUUGUCGCUGUGGAGAGUGGUGCCAAGAUGGCCAUUCAGGAAUGCAAACAUCAGUUUAAAAACAGGCGUUGGAACUGUCCAACAAAUUUUGAUGGUCAUGGAAAUUCAAUUUUUGGAAAAAUUAUACAGAAAGGUUGCAGAGAAUCGGCGUUCAUUUACGCCAUCACAAGCGCGGCAGUGGCCCAUUCGGUGUCACGCUCCUGCGCGGAAGGCGGCAUCAGCACCUGCACUUGCGACACGGAACCUCACGACCGGCCUGCAGGCCGAGAUUGGGAGUGGAGCGGCUGCAGCGACAACGCCAAGUUCGGACACGCAUUCUCUAGGAAGUUCGUGGACAUUUUGGAGAAAGGGCGAGACUUCCGCUACAUGACCAACCUGCACAACAACGAGGCUGGACGAGUGCACGUAUCGUCAGGCCUGAGACGAGACUGCAAGUGUCAUGGCAUGUCAGGUAGCUGUGCUGUCAAGACAUGCUGGAUGUCACUGACAUCAUUUCGGGAAGUUGGCAAUUCGCUGAAAGAUCGCUUCGACGGGGCGACUAGAAUUUUACCAGGUAAUGACGGCUUAAAGGCGGAAGAAGAAAAUUCCGGAAAUGGGCGUGGCAGCAAAAAGCGCAAGCUCAGCUUUACUCCCGCCAACCCCAACCAUAAGCAUCCGGGGAAAAGGGAUCUCGUGUAUUUCGAGGACUCUCCGAGUUUCUGUGAGAAGGACCAGGGACUUGGUCAUAACGGGACAACGGGUCGUGAAUGCAACGGAACAUCCAUUGGCAUCGAUGGUUGUGACCUCAUGUGCUGUGGGCGUGGCUACAGGACGGAGGAGUACGUGGCACGUGAGCGAUGCCAGUGUCAGUUCCACUGGUGCUGCGACGUCAUAUGCAAAGUGUGUACUGUCAACAAAACACGUCACAUGUGCUUGUGAGGAGUGUUUUAACAUUGGCAUAAAGUCAAAGACACUGAAGUGCCUUCAUGAACUAUAGACCUAGAUUUGACCAUAAAUCAAAAACUAAAAAAAAAAAAAACAAUAGGAAACAAAAAACGAAAAUAUGACUUUUGCAGAGCACCAUAACAGUUUUUGAGCAUGUAAGCAUAUAGAAAAAAAAAUUAUUCUUACGGAGCACCAUACAAUUUUUAAGCGUAUUUAAAGGCAUCUUAUCCUAUAUUGCCUUUUUGUGAGUUCCUUUGGAUUCAGUGUUUUUAUACUUAACAUUUUAAAGAAACGGAUGAAAACACAUAAAGUGGAAAAAAAAAAUAAUGAACAGAAAAAUCAUAUUGUAAUUAUAUAUUUAUGUAAGACAAUUUUCACAUCCUUUGAUUGGAUUACUGGGCUCUGGGGUCAUGUUAGACUGACUCUAAUAAUACGACUGACAAAGUGAUCUGAGUUGUCUUGACACAAGGUGCGGGUCUGCUGAAUAUUGUCUAACAAGAAGUAACGUUUCUACUCCUACGACCCUCAGCCCUGCCUCAUCUUAGAAAUAGCCAUGUAGCCAUUUAUUAUUUACAUUCAUAAAUAUUUAUUGCCUUGUCCGUUUUGCGUGGCUUUCGCCUCUUGCGGGUCGAAUUCAUUUUCUGAAGUUAUUUUCUAUUUAUGUAUUUUAUUUUCCGACUUUCUGUGUAAAUAGUUUCUGAAAGUAAUGAACACGCAAUCCUUUGUGUGAGUAACUGGGGCUACAUACUUAAUUCUGUUUGAGAGUUUGUGAGUAUAUUCAUCCUUCUCUCAGACCUAUAUGACUAGGGGACAUAAGUGAUGAUUUGUGUCUGAAACAAGAAAAAUAAUUAUACUUAGUUACCAUGGAGACCACAUAAAAGAAAAGAUAAAUUACUAUAUAAAAUAAAUUGAAUUGCGAAUAAUAUAACAGACAAUAGACUAAAAUCUGACUCCAUUUUGUACAUGUGUAUGAUUCGUUAAUAGCAUUGCAACAUACUUCUGAUAAUGACCAUUGAUUUUCGCUGAUUGAUAACUUGUCUAGUUUGUUACAGAAGUGUGACGUUGUGACGGACAACUAGCACCCUUUUAAACAAUAAGCCUAACAAGGUUGGCGUAUACGUAUGGUAAUAUAAUAAGUGGGUCGAAUUAAACCUUUGCCUCCACCAGAAGACAGUGCCUCUCCAAUGCCAUUACGUCAUUAUAGUAUGGGCUGUAGGCGCCCAUGAUGACUAUAUAACAACUUGACGCCACAUGCCCCAUAGCUGUAGGCCUACUUAAUUUCCGCGAAUCAAUGAAACUCCUUGAAUAACAUCACUAAAAUGGAAUACUUUAAUGGAUCUUAUUUAUCCAUUGGUAGACACAGUUCAUCUCAUGAAAAGCUUUCGACACAAACUUUGGCAUUCAGACUUACUAGAUAUAUUUCUAAUAGUAGCGCCUGUUUGGAACGUCAAUGGUAGCAAAAGGAUGAAAUGAAAUGUCCACUAGAGUACGAAUGUGUAAUCCUGUUUUGAUUUUGUUUUACCUCCUGUACAUAAUCCUGUACGUAAUGGCAUUCUCUACUUGCUUGUAUAUAGUGACACGUGUUCAAGCUAUUUAUUAACUAUACAUUUGAUAGGGUGAUAUUAUCUGUAUAUUUUUAUGUACGUUGUUCUUUGUAUUAUUUUUAUUGAAACGUUUGUGGUUGUGAUUGUAGAAUGGAUGUUCUGGCCCAGUGUUUCCCAGACGUUUUCCUUAACGGAACACUUCGCACAAUCUGAGUAUUUAGCGGAACACUUUGCUUUUUUUUUUUUUUAGAGAGAUUAAUUCACGUGGUGGCCUGCUAGUUAAUUAUUCCAGUAGUUCGUGGAACAUCUAUUCAGGCCUCGAGGAACACCAGGGUUCCGCGUAACACAGUUUGGGAAACACUGUUCUAGUAGAAGGCAAAAAGUAUCUUACAGUUAAGGCGAGACCAUUCGUUAUAGAAGGCCUGAGCACUGACUUGCAACGUCGCAACCUGUGGGCAGUCUAAACCAAUAGCUCGUCGCCACGUCGUACAGACAUGUGACGUGGCAACGAGCUAUUGGUCUAAACUGACCAAAUGUUUUGACGAUGCUGAUCAGGUUCAGGACUUCGAUAAAUAUUUGUCUCGGUUAAGGACGCGCCAAUCUUGAACAAGGUAUCACGUCAUCCAAGGCUGCUGUAGACUGCCACUUCCACUUGUAACUGCGCGCAAACGUUUGAGCAUGAACAAAAGUAUCGGUAUCGCGAAGGUCUUUGUGAUCCCAGCGAUGGUUCCAAACGUUCUUGGCGUUCUUUACUUCUGUUGAUAAAAUUAACUUUGAUAUAUGGAGAGCGCCAACCAGGACAAUAUGACCUACGGGCCGGAAGUCUUCAGCAGACGAUUGAGCUAGCAUACUAUACUUAUUUUUGUUGUAAAAUUUGUUAGAAGGUUGAGUAACUUAUGAAAACGAAAUAGAUAUUCGGCUAAUAAAUUGCAAUUACUAGAUUCAAUUACGUUGAAAAUGGCUAUUCUAAAUUCUAUUUAGAUUACAUAAGUCUUCUUACUCAUCAGCAGAUACGUCAGGACGCCUAUGCAUUAGGAGAUUCAAUAUUCUUUUUCCUACAGUUUAUAGUGAUGUUGCAGAGAUAAUGGAUGAGUGCAGUCACAUGACUAUGCAACCCCAGUUGAA